GGCAACAGCUCUUCUAAACUUAACAACAACAUAUCCUUUUGCUCUUCUGAACAACACAGUGCCUUUUACUCAUUGAAGCCCACACGCGCCCUCGGUUCGAUCAAUUUUUUUUUUAAAAACCACCACUAACAGUGUCCUUCUUUUCUCCUUCCUUGUCCUCCCUACCCCACUCGUUCGACUUCGAUCAUUCCUUUCAACCGCCUUGUGUAGAUCACCGUCGCUGCCAGUAAUUUCACACCAAGUCCAAACAGAUUCUGGCACUUUGAUAAUGGCAACCACUUCAAUCGUCGACCUUCCACUUGAUGUUCUGGUCCUGAUCUUCCCGUAUCUGGACGCCAAAAGCUUCCUGGCAUUUUGUGCAACCUGCAAAGCCUUCCAACAGGACUCUAUCCGUUUAGACUCAUCUUACUGGAGUCAUGAGACCAGAAAGACAUUCCGUGUGCCCAAUCAGCCUAUUGUCCAACAUGACGGUGACCGCUGGCAGAAGUUAUAUCGCCGAAUGCUCACUCAAACACGCGUUUUCACAUGGGGCAGUAAUUCUCAAAAUCGCUUAGGACACUCCUCACCAGAGUUGCGUUUCCCCGGGCCUCGGGGUGUAAGACGUCCACGAAUGGCACCACUAAUGCAGGGUUGCGCGACACCAGUCGAAAUGGAUAGGAAUGAGGAAUUAGGCAUCAUUGCCGACAUGCAAUGUGGUGGGUGGUCGACAACUCUACUCACAUCCAAAGGAACCCUCCAUAUUGCUGGAAUACUCAACGGAGAACGUCAAUAUUACUCACGCCCCCACAGCGGCACGAAAUCUCUGCGCUUCCCAGUCGGAUAUCCUUACACUGCAGCCGUUGCUGCAUAUGAAGAACCCACCAUCGCGAUCAAACAAUUCUCCGCUGGCCGCUCUCAUAUCCUUGGAUUAUCUGAUAGUGGUAGAAUCUGGUCCUGGUACGACGUGGAGAAGCCAUCGUUACAUGUGAAGUUCGUACAUGUCGACCUCACAGAAGCUUCUUCAGGCGAGUCCUCUCCCGCAGCCAGCCCACUCUAUGGUCGUGUGAAGCAGGUGGUGGCAGGCUGGAGCUGCAGCUCCGCCUAUGUGUAUGGUACAGGUAUUGUUCUGUGGUCUCCGGUACAACGCGAACCAAUCGAGAACGACGAGACCGAUACAAUGCUUGUCAUGGAGAGUUUCGAGGUGCCACAAACAGCGUACCAGCGCGUCAAAGGUGCUUCUCGAGAGACAGAUGCAGAUAAGAUCCUAAGUGAGGAAGUCGGCGUCGUCCUGAAUUAUAUUGUGCUCGAGAACUACAUCGUUUUCGUAACAGAUAUUGGCCGGGUGUUCUGCGCACACAUUGGAGAAGGCAAUCGUGUCAACGAGAUCUUAGAGCUACAAGCGCUACGCAGCAAGAGUGAGAAACCGCUAGAUGUCCAAGGAACGUUCCGACGUUUUGCUAUCUUCAAAGACGGAGAAGUCAUCACUACAUCACAGAGUUAUCUGGACAACUGUUGGAACGCACGCCAAAACAACUCCGAUCAAGCGGAAAUUGGUGGUCUCCAAAGAAUACCUGCCCUCCAGAACAACGAUGUUAUCUCGAUAGCAUUUGGGGAUUAUCAUUUCCUUGCGCUGCAUUCCACCGGAAAAAUAACAUCCUAUGGAACCGAACUUCAAUCUUGCGGUGCCCUUGGACUCGGUCACACGGGCGCUCCCGGUACACUUCGAGGCGUUCAGUACAGCAGAGCGGAGGGUAAGCUGAUACCUCAUGCGUACACCAAUGGUCGACAAGUCUGGUUUGAGGAUGCUAAGCAAGAGUGGCUGCAGAGUAUCGCAGCUGCAGGCCAUGACCAUGAAGAAGCGAAGGAACGAAGCCAACUAUUGACCACAGAUGUAGAGGUACAAGCGGAAGUUAGCGAAUGGAUUGAACAAGAGGCUAAGCACAUCUUUACACCAGUUUCCAAGGCUGGUGAGGAUGAUGGGUUGGGUGCAUUCUUCGCGUUGAACGUAUGCGCUGCGGGAUGGCAUUCUGGUGCACUGGUUCUGCAUAAUUUCAAGGUGGAGAAGAAGGAUUGGCCAAAUCAGGGGUUCCCCCGGCUUCGACUUCGCGACGGUCGAGAAAUGCCGGGUACUCGCGAUUUUGAUGAAUGGAGGGUCGGUCCACCGGAGUGGCAACUCGAUGUCGAAGUUUAGAAACACCAGGUCACGAAUCUGUGAUCGAGACCAGACAGAGCCUACGAUCUUCUCAUGACAACUGUAUUUAUAUAACGAAGCCCUCAUGAGCCUAUUCAAACUAUUGAAUGCUUCCACUUUCAUACUUAUGAU